UGUGCAUUUAGCUAACCAUGUUUAAGAUGAACAAGCUAUCACUGAUAAUUUUGUCAUGUGCGGUUUGUGUGCAUCUGGCUUACUCGCUCAAGGGGACUGAUUCGAUAUCGCAUACCAUACCACAACCCCGUGUCUAUUGGAGCACGAUCAUUCGGCAAAUGUCCACAGCAAAGACGGAUGAUGAGUUCGAAUUAUACAAACGAAAACUACACCGUGCAAUCCAAAGGGAAUCUUUGGCCAAAAGCGAUAUGGAAGAAAUUGCGCGUCAUGUGGAGCAAGCGUAUGCCUCAACACGACAUGAUAUUUCAAAGGAGGAUUAUCUGAAAUGUGUUGAGGAUGUUUUCGAAGCUUUUCAACGGAAGUGUUUCACCUUUGCGCAGCAUCCUAUCAUAUCGAGGCAUUCCUGGAUCCUUAGCAACUUGUGCCAAAAAGGCUACGAAACCGGCAGCGUGGUUCAGGCAGUGUAUGAAGUGUGUGCUUGAUAAUUAAGAUCAGUCCUGAACAUCACAUUUUUGCAUCUUGCGUUUUUCCAAAUAUCAUAUGGGGCUACCACAGGUAUUCAAUGCUGGCUGUUAUCUACAUAUGUGAAUAGG